AUGCUACCAGUCUUCGCCCCAAGCACUUUUGAUGCGCAGCCGUUCCAGUACAAUCCUUACGGAUAUUCGGUACCGUUCUCUACCACGUACGCAAGCUCAGGGACUGAAAAUCCUGAAACCUGCUCAGCGAUCGGCAGAUACUAUCAGGAUGCCGUCUAUGUGAAGCCGUCGACUCCAUCUUGUAGCAAGUCCGAGUCUGACAUAUCAUCUGAUGAAGCAUACAGAAGAAAACGUGAGAAACGCGACCGAAACAACGAGGCUGCGCGAACAUCCCGGCUGAGGAGAAAAGCACGCGAGACUCAGGCCGUCAAGGAAGCUGAACUGCUGCAGAAGGAGAACCAGUCACUCAAAGAUGAAGUGGAUGAGCUGAAAAAGGUACUGUACAGCCUUCAAGACGAGUUGAGCGGGCGAAUGAUUUCGGAAGUGGAGAACGUCGUUCCAUUCCAAAACAUCAGCUGCUCAUUCCACUCACAUAAUUUGUAG